AUGGCAGCUCAGCUUUACGAAACCACAAGUGGACGUUUAUUCCACGCAGGCGCAGUUGCAGUUAUUACAGUUGGUCUACCCGCACGCGGUAAAACACAUGCUUCACGUUCUUUAUGUCGUUAUAUGCGUUGGUUGGGUGUUUCGACCAAAGUAUUUAGUGUUGGUAAUUAUAGGCGGGAAAGGCUGGGAUCCUUAUCUGAAGAAUGGUUUGACCCAAAUAAUACAAAGGCUACAACAGCACGUAUUAAAGUAGCAGAUGAAUGUUUGGACGAUCUCAUUCAUUGGCUACAAACUGGAGGUGGGCAAGUAGCCAUUUUUGACGGAAAUAACGUUACAGAAGUUAGAAGAAAACACAUACACGAUAAGCUGUUAAACAACGACAUACAUCCUUUAUUCUUGGAGUUUAUAUGUAACAAACCAGAUAUCAUCCUGGCUAACAUUCGAAGCGUCAAGAUUUCAUCACCCGAUUAUGUUGGUUGGGAUCCAGAAGAAGCUGUUAGAGACUAUAAACGACGUAUAAAGCAACAUGAAGAGAACUACGAGACAAUCACUGAUACAACAUUGCCAUUUGUUAAGAAUAUGAAUGCAGGAGAGCAGUUUAUUGUCAAUAACGUCAUGGGUUAUCUACAGUCGAGAAUCGUCUACUAUCUGAUGAAUCUUCAUAUUCAUCCACGAACAGUUUAUUUUGCUCGUUGUGGUAACUCUCUCAAUGACAACUCAUACAAAGCAGACGCGAAUUUAUCACCAGAAGGAGAGAUCUAUGCCGAAAAGUUAACAGAGUUCAUGCUAGCUUACCAUAAAGAAAAAUACUCGAAAGUUCCAGCUGAAGAAAAACGACCUUUGACUGUAUGGACCUCGACACAAAAAAAGGCAUUGGAGACAGCUAUUCCAUUUGUCAACGCGGGUGUACCAGUAAGACAGCAGUCUGUUCUCAAUCAGUUGAAUCCAGGAGAAUCAGAUGGACUAACUCAAGAAGAACUGGAGGCUAAGUAUCCCGAAGAAGUUGCCAAAUUGCGUGAAAACCCUUAUCGCCAUCGAUACCCAAGAGCAGAAUCUUAUCAUGAUUUGGCCGUGAGAUUAGAGAGUGUUAUCAUGGAAUUGGAACGUGAGAAAAAUGAUGUACUCAUUAUUGCUCACGAAACUGUUUUGCGUUGUUUAUACGCUUAUUUGUUCGAUAGACCAGCCAAAGAAAUUCCAUUCAUUUCUAUACCUCGAUCAUUUAUGAUAGAAAUUACACCAUCUGCUUAUGGCUGUAAAGAAUCCCGCUUGCAAUUGCCCUGAUUAUUAAUAUCAUCGUUAUUAUCAUUAUUAUUGUAGAAUUCUCAACUCAUUUUGUCAAAAGAAUGAAUAACAUAUGCCAUACUACGACACAAAUACCUUUUACGCUUGUUGCUAUGUAUCUUAUGUGAUAAACAAUAUCUCGUUUUCUCCCUGAAUCAUAUAUACACACUGCUUCUGUGAGUUGGUAAUUGUUUAUUGAUGAGACAGCACUUUAAGUAUUAUAUAUAAUUUAAAGCUCGGAUAUACAUUAGCCUACAACGUUGGCCACACCCUGUGAAUUUAUUUACGACAAUUUAUGUACAAGAUACAUAGGGUAUAAAUGAUCUUUGCAGCCCGUUUUUUUUUUUCUAUGUUAGAGAAGGUCUGCUU